AUGGCCAACUUGUACAAGCGCCAUCAACUCAUGGGCAUGCGCCCCAUCACCCCCAAACCACGCCCGUUCGAACGUGACUUGGUUAACUCUCUCGUCCAGAAUGGACUCGUGGACAUUGUUCGUCUCCGUCGACUUCCCAUCCUCGCUCAACCGGCGGGUGGUGAGCGGCACAGCAAGAAUGGCUCGCAGUGGACCAACGCGUAUGAAACCUCUAGCAACUUUCCCAACGGAUUCGAGUCCAUGACCCACAGUUCAAAGAAUGGUUCGGACAAACGCUUUCCCAUCAACAGAAAUAGGAACGGGACAGGCCAUCGUUCUUCCCACGUUGAGGCCUCUGUCGGGUCAGAGGAGCCCAUUCGUCAACAGCUUGACGGCCAGGACCAUGAAUGGAAGCUCGAACACCGACCAAUUCCUGAUCCCAGACCCAUUCCUGCCCCUGUUGAUACCGAUUCGCAAAGCAAUGAAGGCUUCAAAAGAUUCUACAUGGCAGUUGUUUCACCGACUCAUGUACGCGUCACCGCUGGUGGUCGCAUUGUACCAAACCCUCGGGGCUCGUCGUCUCCUGCUGGAAGAGCCAACGACAGGCCAGGCGGUGAUACUCCGAGUCUCACUGUUCCUCACGCAGGUUCUCAGGUUCUUUCUACCAACGUCGGUACUGCUGGCGGAUCUUCUCAAGCAAAUCAAGGCUCCGUCCCGGCUGGCUUUCCCGACAUGAUGGCGGCUUCCAUGCCCAUGGGAAGUGUACCAAUGAUGCCGUUCCCAUUCGGCUACCCCAUGCCACAGAUGCCAGUGGCACCUGCGAGCAUGGUGUCUCAGGGCACCAACAAGAACGGCGACACCAAGACGGACAAGGGAUCCGCCAAACCUGAGAAGUCGACUCCUGCGGCUUCCGCUGUGGUGCCUGGACCAAACCCCAGCCCAUUUUAUGCGGCCUCGGCUCAACCCUUCAUGCCCGGCAUGCCGCUCUCAAUGCCCAUGCCUAUGAUGACCCCGCACUCUGGGAUCCCGGCUUUCUCGACAGGUGCCAUGGCACCAAUGAUGCCUCAGAUGCCGUUCACACCCGUCUUUGGUCCGAUGCAAUGGCAAGGCGGUCAGUUGCCUCAUCAUGUGCCUAUGCCGAUGCAGGUCCCGAUGCCCAUGAACAUGUCCAUGGCCGUGCCUAGCCUGCAUGGCAUGCCUUUUCCUGGCAACAACCCUGCGACUAAUGGACAGCCUCUUCAUGCGCCUUCUGCGCCUGCGCCGUCCUCGAUUGUCAUGAGUGAGGUCACCAGGAAGCACAUUGAGAACUUCCGCGCCCAGCUGAAGUGGAUUAAUAAUCAAUUGCAAUACAACAAGCACCAGGUUGAUGAGACCUACAUGAAGCACCUCGCUGACGGGAUUCGUACCCAGCUCAAGACCUUUAAGAAUAACUUGAAGUCUCAGCUCGAGUACGAGGCCAAGCAGCGAGGCCAAGUGUCCAGCAAGGACACUUCUGUGUCCCGAGAGAUGAGCAAGUCGACUUCCGCCGUCAGCGACACUGCAAAUGAGGCCGACCACAAAGAUACAAUUCUUGGCAAAAGGGAGCACCGAGCCAAGACCGCUGGUUUCAAGCCGAAGCCGACUCAGUCCAUGUUUUCCACGGACGACAGCGACAAGGCGGAAACCUCCGUCUCGGUCAAGGACUUGGCUUCUGGGACCUCGAACCCCUCGUAUGAACCCAUGAAGAAGAGAUCCGGCCUGCCCAUCACGGCUGCCUUGGCACCCCCCUUCCAACCCCGCAGCCACACCAACAUGGUCGUGGAUCAUAAACCCCGCCGCGAGUCUUUAGCGGAACCCGAAAGGUCUGACCAUGCUGCGGCGAAGAAGAAUCCCCAGAUUCCCAUGAGUACCCCUUCCCAGACCUCCAUGGAAACCACUGUCCCCGCCAUGGGCAACCAUUCGCACCAACUCGAAGUCCGGACUACAAGCUUUAACUAUCUUCAGAAGCUGAACAACGGCCUCGGACUUCCAUACCUGCAGGGUAAGCUGCGCCCUGGUGUCAGCCAGCGGGAUGCAAAGGACGAGGACUACAUCUAUCAUCGCCAGCUUACUGAUGAUGAGGUUCGGGCCCGUCAUCUAUACUGGGGAAACGCCCCUCGUUCGGUCCAGAAGGGCUUACCGAAGUACGACGGCAAAGACUUUUACCCCCCUUCGCCAACCAAGGAGAACAGCUUUGCGGACCUCGCUACGUCAUACAAGUCACAGCCAUUCAUGGACGGGCGUGCCGGUGACUACCAGAACUCGGCUGGAAUUGAGCAGAAAAUGGCCCAGAUUUCUGUCAGCGGCUUCGAGGAUAACAGCAGUGUCUCUUCGACUAGCAAGGGAAUAUCUCGUCUUCCUGUUGGUGACCUCAGCGAUUACCAUCUUAAGCCCCAAGUUGAGCAGAGAAAGAUCUUGCGGGCUGUUGAUGGCAAUGGUGACUACGGCUUUCGUCCCACAGACCCCAAUGACAAUGUGCGCACCAUGAAGGAGUUACUGGCGCUUUCCCUUACACGCCACGAACAGAAGAACAAACGGGACACCAAGUCGGAUAAUGUGAACGGAAACAAUCUCGCUGCCAAAGACAAGGCCGGCACUCGUGGCCGCCCUGCGACUUCGAUUCUCAGCCAGGAAUACAGCGAUUCGGAUCAGACUUCAGGAAGCAAUGCGAUUGCUCCUUCUUUCCAGUCGCCUCUUCCCUCAACCCAGUCGCAGUCGACGCAGUCGGACGAUGCCGAGGAGUCGCGUGAGAAAAUCCUGUUCAAGGGUCGACAGAAUAUGACACGCAACAGUGGAGCCAUGACAUUCGUCAAGAAGCCUACCAGCGGUGCUUGUGCGCUUCCUGGUGCUAUGAGCUCUACCACCGCUCACGGUCUUCUUCCUCACUAUGCUGGCUCUGCCGCCGCCUCUUUGUCGCCUUCUGCGGGCAACAGCUCGCCCUCCAGUUCUGCGAUGCGAGCUUCGGGACUCAAAACUGCCGAAGGUGGACGGCAGGAGCUAGGUUCCAAAGGUGCCUCUAAGGAGGCGAAGGAUGAGAAUAAACCUCUUCAUGAUGAAGCCUGA